CUCACUUCCUUUUACUCCUUGUGCUAGUUUGGUGCGGACGGCCUUUGGUGUGAGCCGUCACGAUGCGCAUCGAAAAAUGUUAUUUCUGCUCCGCGCCGAUCUAUCCGGGGCAUGGCAUGGUGUUUGUACGGAAUGACUGCAAGGCAUUUAGAUUCUGCCGCUCAAAAUGCCACAGAAAUUUUAAGAAGAAGCGCAAUCCUAGAAAGAUCAGAUGGACAAAAGCGUUCAGAAAAUUGGCUGGUAAAGAGUUAACUGUGGACAAUUCCUUUGAAUUUGAAAAACGAAGAAAUGACCCUGUGAAGUACGAAAGAGAGUUAUGGCACAAGACCGUUGAGGCAAUGAAGAGAGUUGAAGAAAUUAAGCAGAAGAGACAGGCUCGGUUUAUCAUUAACAGGUUGAAGAAGGGCAAAGAGUUGCAGAAAGCUCAGGAUAUCAAAGAAGUCAAACAGAAUAUCCACCUUCUUCGGGCUCCUCAUGCAGGAAAGGCAAAAAAGCUGGAAGACAAAAUGGUGCAGAAAUUACAAGAGGAUGUGGACAUGGAGGAUACUGCAUAGAAAUGUAUAUAACUAUUUUAUUUCCUUUUGUCUCUUUCAAUUACUCUUCCAUUGUUGAAACAAUGUUGUUCAGCACUUUGGAUUGUAACCUCAUUUAACUCAAAUAUUGCUCUCCAGUGGAAAUGCACACAGUUAUACCUAAAAUGCAAUACAAUAUUUGGAUACUCACAGGUUGAGAAAUAAACUUUUAUUUACUUA